AGCCUCUUGAAGCUCAAAGUUUGGCGGGGAUUCGGGCGGCCCCCGUGCCGUCAGCAGAGCCCCGCCAGCCCCCGCGCCCAGGGCGCAUUCGGGCGCCUUCGAGGGCAGCGCGCGCGAGGUCGGGUGUCACCAGGCGGUGCCCGACCUGGAUCGCGCCGCGGGAGGGGAGGCCGCCGAGGGCGCCUCCCUCCCAUCCCCGCGGCGGCGGCGCGCGCGGCUGGGGCGGGGCGGCGGAGGCGGCGCUGGCGUCGAGCCGCGGGGUCUCGCUCUCGCCGCAACGGCGUGCGGGGCCCAUGGCGGAGGUCGUCGACGACGGGGACGACGACGAGGAGUUGACCGACGUCCCCGCCCCGGCCCCGCGGGCCCGCCCUGCAGCGGUUGUUGCCGCCGACGAACUCCCAGUCGAGGAUGUGGAGCUGGUCGCGCCCGUGGACGGCGAGCUGUGCGCAUCGGUCGGCUACAGCAACAGGCUAGAGGUGCAGUGCCAGUUCGUGUGGCUAUGCCAGCGGCACUCGCGCUGCGGUAGGUUCGCACGGGUGAGGCUGCUCUGGAACGACGACAGCUACUGGGACUGGUGGUCGCAGUGCGCGGGCGAGCGGGGGGCGAUCUCGCUCAGGCCCCUCGUGCGCAUCUGCGAGGGUCCCGUGCCGCUGUGCGUCGCCGAGCUGCCGCCGAACUGUACGGAGCUGGCCCACACUUCGGAGGUGGUGAGGCUCACGGUCGAGGCGGCGGCGGAGCUCUGGCUGCAGCAUCGGGUCACCAACCCAGGGGCAGUGUGGCCGCAGGACCUCCUGGGGCCGCCGCCUGGGGCUGCUCGGCCAUCCGAGGCUCCCGCCGCGGGUGCCCACCCCUUCGAGGACAUCUUCGGCGAGCUGGCCUCCUCAUGGUCGCUUUCGAGGGCCUGCUGCGCGGCGGCGAGGCCUUCGCGUGGUGCGGGGGCGACGUGGCUUUCCGAGGCCAGUGCGCCGCCCUCCGCGUCGCCUCGUCCAUGGGCUCAGCGGGGCGCGACGCAGCGGGGGCGGUCGUCCUCGGGGCACCGAUCACCCUCCAGCUGCGGCGGCUCGUCACGCACGGUGUGGACGAGGGUGUCAGGCUCAGCGCACGGUCGUCGCGCCAGCUGUGGGCGGCCCUCGCAGCGCUUGUGGAGGGCCUCGGUUUCAGUGUCCGUUCAGCUGGCACAGCUGCCGCUGUGGCGGCGCGCCAGGGUGUUUCCUGCGGACCAGGAGUAUGGAACUCACCUUGGUGCGUGAGCGUUUGGCCACCAGCCGUCUGGCC